AUGCGGACAACCAACGCCAGACGGGGCCGUUUGAGCUUCCGGCCCUUUUACACCACGGUCCUGCUGUUGUCUCUACUGGCCGCGUACUCUUUCUUGGCACACACCCAGCAUCAUUACGGCGAUGCUCACGGCGACGCUCACGGCGAACUGGGACUGUUCAGACGCUCCGACGAAGAGCCCGAGUGCCGUCAAGUGCACACCGCCAAAGACCAGUGCGCCUUUGUCAGGGAAUACUGCAUCGAUGAAGAUGCCGGCCUCCUUCCCUACCUCGAGCUCUACUAUUGCAGGCUGGGCAAAGCACAACCUGUUGCCUUUGUCCUUCUGGUGACCUGGCUGGGGCUUUUGUUCACCACCAUCGGUAUCGCGGCGAGCGACUUCUUCAGCGUCAAUCUCAGCACCAUCGCAACUAUCCUGGGCCUGAGCGAGAGCCUUGCAGGCGUCACGUUCCUCGCCUUUGGAAAUGGCUCCCCAGAUGUAUUUAGCACCUUUGCAGCCAUGGGCUCCAACAGUGCGAGCAUGGCUGUCGGCGAACUCAUUGGCGCUGCCAGCUUCAUCACGGGUGUAGUGGCUGGGUCCAUGGCAUUGGUUAGAGAGUUCAGGGUGGAUCGUCGCACAUAUGUUAGGGACAUCUGCUUCUUCAUUGUUGCAAUCUCCUUCACCAUGGGGUUUUUGGCUGAUGGAGAACUGCGCUUUUGGGAGUGCUGCGCCAUGAUUGGAUACUACGUCCUCUAUGUCGUAACUGUUGUCGGAUGCCACUGGUACACUACGAGGCGAAAGCGCAGGCUGCGCAGAGAAGGGGAGGCCCGUAGUCACUUCUAUGGGCUGACUGGCCACAGCGGGGAUGAGCUGGCUGGUGAGCCUUACCGAGACGAACCCGACGACGCGAGCGAAGAACUAAGCCGACGGGCGCCGAGUACUGUUGGGGAGAGUGUCCUCUCCGCUUUGGAACGCGGCCCCGUCAUAGAGGUUGACGGCCAGAGUGCUGAGACGCCUGGUAGCUUUGACAGCGAAGAAACAGACGAGGACCAUGAAAGAAUGGUUGUGGCCGAGGUGACAAGAAGCAUGCGAGUCUUGCGUCCCCAGGGCGGGCGGAGGAACACACUUACGCCGAUUCGACCCAGUUUGAUUGGCGCAUUGGAGUUUAGAUCUGCUUUGGCACACUUGCAGCGGGAGAGCAACCUUCAGCUCUCGCCAAUCCCAGCCCGGAGCUAUUCUGAGCACCACAUUUCCAGAGGGCGGCGGAGAGGGAGCACGAGCGCUGUCUCUGACAUGCUACCUCCCGCCGCCCAAGGCGAUGUCUCACCCUAUGAUGCCGCUGCCGCCGAUGGGAGGGAGAGGGCCAGGUCGCACGGAACCGCACCAACUUCAGCAGCCGUGCCUCAUGAUCUACUAGACGUUGUGCGAGAGAGAUCAGAUUCCAGCUUGUUGUCCCCUGCUGCCAGCCAAAGGACGGCGAGCCCUGCACCAUCGUAUCAAAUUGGCGGCAAACUGGCUCCCCCUCCGGUCGACCUGCCAGGGACAGUGGCUGGUAGUCAUCAUCGGCAACCACGAACAUCAACUGUCACGCCUCGGCUUCAGCUGCAGAUACCAAGUCGACGCAGCAGCCUGAGUAUCCCAACCUCACCUAUAAUACCUUUCCCUCAAUAUACAGACUCUCCCAUGCCGAUCUCACCAAAUACGCAACCUGAGCAGGCUGGGUUUAGCAUGCUUCCAGCCUCGACCACCGUUCGCGAGAGCCCAUUUGCUGCGCUGGGCAGCGCCGAGGCUAUGUUACGACCAGUGAGAUGGUGGCCAUACUCAGUUCUUCCUGCGCCGCAUGUUCUCCUUGCUACCCUGUUUCCGACAUUGCAAGGAUGGAAAGAAAAAGCACUAUGGGACAAGGCUAUCAGCAUCAUAUCUGUACCGAGCAUCUUUCUAUUGGUAAUAACGCUACCAGUUGUUGAAUCGGAGAUGGCGGGAGAAGUUGAAUCCUUGGACGAUGCCAUUACCUAUCGUUCUAGUCAUGUGGCUCCGUCCAUUUCGAUCCAAGAGGGAGAGAUUGAACCUGAGAAUGAGUGGGAACGGUUUCGGAGAUAUUCUCUACAUCGCAGAAACAGCGAUGCUAUGACUGGAAGCGUUCAGACUCCGCUCUUGGCAUUACCAAACGAAGACACGCUGGUUAUAUCUCCCCGCACCCAGGAGCCUGGCAUGCCCAAACCUUUGUCCGAAGUUCGGUCCAUCAGCCGAGGGAGUGAGGAAAAGUUGGGAUGGAACCGAUGGCUCGUCUGCCUCCAGCUCUUUAUGGGGCCGCUGUUUGCCGUCGUUAUUCUUUGGGCAAACAUCUCUGAAGACUGGGAGAGACCAGGGGCCAUGUUGGUGCGCAUGAUUUUGUGGACGCUAUUAGGAUCGUUCAUUCUGCUGGGAGCUUUGCUUCUACUUACUUCGGAAGAGAAGCGACCCGAGUACCACUUUUUGUUUUGCUUCUUGGGGUUCAUCAUUAGCAUAGCAUGGAUUUCAACUGUGGCGGGUGAAGUUGUUGGUGUUUUGAAGACUUUUGGCGUAGUCCUCGGCAUCUCCGAGGCUUUACUUGGACUCACCAUUUUCGCAGCUGGCAACAGCGUGGGCGAUUUGGUGGCUGACAUUACAGUGGCUCGACUUGGAUAUCCCGUCAUGGCAUUGUCUGCCUGCUUCGGUGGUCCAAUGCUUAAUAUCCUGCUUGGAAUAGGCGUGGGCGGUGUCCUUAUGAUGGUCCAGGACGCAAACCACCAUCAGAGCAAGCACCCGGGAGACGAUUACGCAUACAAACCAUAUCGGAUUCAGAUAGGGGGAACCUUGAUGAUUUCGUCCAUUACGCUGCUUGUGAUUCUGGUCGGCUUGCUUAUCGCUGUGCCUCUGAACAAGUGGAUUCUGAGCCGCAGAAUCGGCUGGGCACUGAUUGCCAUCUGGGUGGCCAGCACGGUGGCCAACGUGGUCGUCGAACUUACAGGCGUAAUUGGGGAUAUUUCUUAG